CCGAGUUACUAAUAUGCAAAUGGGCGCUUUUGCAUGGGCCUGACGCCAAGCUGCUGGGUGUCAGGGCACCCGAGGGAGCCGGAGGUGGGGCGAGGCGUGGCACCGMGCCGCAUGCUCACCUGGCCCUGCAUGGCAACAGGCAAUGGAGCUCUAGGUCCCUUCGGCAGCGGACCCACGGCCGCUUCGAGAGGCAGCGGGUGGCAGAGGAGGGAGGSCAAACUGGCAGCCCCUGGCAACCUGGGGCUGACGGCAGGAGGCUGGGCACACCGCGGAUUUCCCCCCGCCGGCAGGAUGGUGAACCUGGAGUCCGUGCACGCAGCUGUCCCCGAAGGAGAAAGUGGCCCCGGGUGUGGUGGCAGCCAUCACUUCAAGGAGAUCAAGAUGAGCGGGGAUGCGGCAGAUUCCACAGACACCCGGCACGAACCUGACCAGGUGGAGCCAGGGAAUGAACAGAAUGGGCUGGACUUUAACAGGCAGAUCAAAACCGAGGAUCUCAGCGACUCCUUGCAAUCUGCCAUCCCCCCUCGGUCGGGUCACCUCGUGCAGGGAUCAUCCAUGAUGCCAGGGAGCCAGAUCGCUGGGGACAUGAGCUCUCUCCACACCCUGCAGCAGUUGGUGCUGCUCCCCGGGCACAUGCAGUCCGUCCCCCAGUUCCUCCUGUCCCAGUCGCAGGCAGGACAACAAGCUUUGCAGCCAAACCUCCUCUCCUUCCCUCAGCAGCAGGGCAGCCUCCUCCUCUCCCAACCCGGACCCAGCCUGGCGUCCCAGGCUGUGGGGCGCUCUGGCCUCCCUGGUUCCUCGGUGGAGCCCCACUUGGAUGUCCCCCAGCAUUUGCAAGUGGCAAAGCACCUGACCCCAGCGGGAGCAUCCGAGGAGCCCAGCGACCUGGAGGAGCUGGAAAAAUUCGCCAAGACUUUCAAACAAAGGAGGAUCAAGCUGGGCUUCACACAGGGUGACGUGGGCCUGGCCAUGGGGAAGCUCUACGGCAACGAUUUCAGCCAGACCACCAUCUCCCGCUUCGAGGCUCUCAACCUGAGCUUCAAAAACAUGUGCAAGCUCAAACCCCUGCUGGAGAARUGGCUGAGUGACGCAGAAUCUGCUCCUUUGGAUUCCUCCAUGAGCACCCCCANGUGGACGGGGCUGGGACCCCUGGGAGGGGUUUCCCUGCUCUCACCACGUGUCCUCUUGCAGGGUGAUGUGGGCCUGGCCAUGGGGAAGCUCUACGGCAAUGAUUUCAGCCAGACCACCAUCUCCCGCUUCGAGGCUCUCAACCUGAGCUUCAAGAACAUGUGCAAGCUCAAACCCCUGCUGGAGAAGUGGCUGAGUGACGCAGUUGCUGGUGCCCAAUGCUCACUGUCUGCCUCUGUUCCUGCCCAGGUCUCUACCUCAGGGUCCUUGGGGCCCCUCUCCGUCAAUCCCGUGCACAGCACCAUGCCUGGGACUGGUGAGAAUUUGGGAAUUGCAUUUCUGAAAGCUGGGAGGCAAAUUACGGAUCUGUUAAAAGCUGAAUAA